AUGUCCCUGAAAACAACCGAUAAUCGCCAGCCUGCGGUGGCUCGGAACCGACUGCUCAACUUUUACAUUGGCUCGCUUCUAUCGAGACCGUUGUUGACCAAGUCUUGUACAUCGGCUACCUUAUCUUUUUUCCAGGAAGUCCUAGCGAGCAAAUUUGCGGAGGAACAGCCUACUAUAAUACCUACAGGAUUCAACUCCCUGGACUAUCUCCAAUCGCUUGGAAUCAGCUCGAGGGCGAUCAAGCUUACGGCUUACGGAGGUUUGAUUUCUGCGCCAUUGAGCCAUGCCCUGAUGAAAAUCUUACACCGAAUAUUCCCUAACCACGAAUCAAGCGAUAAAAGUAAAAUUGGGAUGAUCUUGGCCUCCAUGUUAAUCACUGGUCCCAUCCAGAAUAGUGUUUAUUUGAUCGCUAUGGGCGCAAUCGAAGGCUUGAAAUCUCGGAAAGAGAUUUUUUUCUUUUGGAAAAAAACGAUCGGUAUCCUUACCAAAAUGUCAAUAAUAUUGGGGACAUUCUCAACGAUUAUAGCCAACAGGUUCUUGAGUAAGGAACUAUGGGUACCAUUUUUCAACCUGGUUGGCUUCGUCUUGGGUACCUACGUCAACUUUCUCAACAAGAAGAAACGAAAAGGACCUGCCAACGAUAAGAAGGAUCUACAUCUUAAAUCAACCAUCGAUCAUUCCAAACCUUCAUCUGAGGAACAAAAUAAGGAACACUAUCCGAGACAGUAG